AGCCGCGGUUGCCCGGCGGCGGCGCCCGUUCAGAAUGUCGAGCGCGCGGGGGGGCGGGGGAGCAGCCCCUCCCUCCGGCGGACGCGAGGCGGCGGCAGCGGCGGCGGCAGCUGCUGCUGCGGGAGGGAAGGAGGCGGCGCCUGUGUCGGCGCUGGAGGUUGUGUCCUUCCUGGGGAAACUGCUGUGCGCAGUCGCGGCACUGAAGGCGGCUCUCUACCUGCUCCGCAGAGUCUGUCUAGCUAUGGCCUGGAAGUCAGGAGGCGCCAGUCACUCCGAGCUCAUCCACAACCUCCGCAGUGAGUGCGUCUGUGGUGUGCGCGCCGGGGCCGGUGGCCAAGGAAGGGGGUGGGAGGAGGAGGAGGAGGCAGAAGGAGGGGCCAGGGCGCGCGCAGUCCAUUCAUGUACCACACAUACACAAGCGCGCGCGCGCGCGCGAACCCCGUCGCUAGGGAGUGACCGUUAGUUGUCGGCCCUCAGAAGCGCGCGCUGGGGUGCCUUCGCCAACGGCCUUCGCGCCUGGCGGCUGUUGGAGACGUGGGCGGAUGGGAGGUCGCGAGCACCGCGAGGGGGUGGGGAGAGAGGGAAAAGAGAGUCCCCGCAGUCGAGCGGGUGUGUCUCGGUGCGGCGGGAGCUUGCUUGAGGGCGGUGGCUGCUGUCGCCGCUACUGGAAGAGAGCAGGGCUGAGUCCCUCGGCUGUUUCGCAAGCGGGGAAGCAGCAGCCUCGGCUGUCCACCCAACUUCGCCGCUGGGCCCGGCAGUCGUGGUAGAGGUGCCUCUCUCUCCCGGUUCCGUUUCCGCUUCCCGCGUCUUAAGGGGGAAGGCAGCUAAACGGCCGGCUCUCAGCUGUGAGCAUCCCGCAUCGGACCUGCCAAACGCCCUUUUAAUAUAAAAUAAAUAAACGUUAUGCGGGUUACCUACUGCAGCAGGCAUGUGUUAUGUAGUUUCCCACCCACAGGUAAACAACCGAUGCAUAGCUCACAAAAGCCGGAAAGUUCCAGGUUUUUCAAGUCGUUAAAGGCAAAGUUAGGUUUCAGGUUCAUGUGACUGCAGAGAAGAAUGAAACCAUCUAAAUCUAAAAUGUCCCUUGGAUAGUGUGGCAGCUGCUCUUUCGCUCUCCCCUCAGUCAUUAUGCAACCGUCUAGUGAGUCUCUUGGGGUGCUUCUCAUUGGUUCAGCUGUUAACAUCUUUGUUUGCCUGGGAGCCGCCACCCAUGUUAAUGUGUGCUGCAAAUGCGAAUCCCAUAAUGAGAAAGUUGGAUGAAAUGGAUAAUUUGUUGUUUUUAUUUAUUUACAAUAAUUGAUUAACAGCCUAAUAAAAAAAAGUCACUUAUUGGUGCACACAAAACAGAUAGCAAUAUACAAUUCAACAAAAUUUAAAAGCAGGUACGCAUAACUUGUUUACAUGGCUGGGUAGGCUUGCUGAAACAAAGUUUUUAGUCGGUGUCUAAAGCAACAUAAUGAAGGUGUUUGUUCAGUGCAAGUUUUGCGCAUUGAAGCUGUGGAAGUAGGCACAUAAGGGGCUAGAUGACCACACAGACAAACUGCUCCCAAGCUGUUACGGGCUUUAUAUGCUAAUAGUAAGACCUUGAACUUGGCCUGAUAGCAAAUCAGCAGCUAGUGCAGUUCUUUGAGUUGCAGUAAUAUGCUAGUAGGUUCUCACUCCUGUCAGCGAUAAUGCUAUAGCAUUCUGCUCUGACUGCAUCUUUCAGAGCAAUCGCAAGGGAAGCCCUGUAUAUAUCAUACUUUAGUAAUCCACUUUCAGAAUUACUAAUUCCCUGGGUUUCUUUGGGCAAGCUAUCCUAGUUGAGGAAUGGCUGAAGCUGGUGGAAGGUGCUCCUAGCUACGGAGAUCACCUGAGCCUAGUUAGUGAGAGCUGGGUCCAAGAAUAACUCCAGACCAUGUACCUGCAUCUUCUGAGCAAGUGUAACUCCCAUCCUUGGAGGCAACUGGCCCAUUUCUGCGACACAGGAACCACUCACCCACAGAGCCUCAGCUUUGCUUGGAUCAAAGUUCUGUUUAUUUGUCCUCAUCCAGCCUACCAUUGCAUCCAGGCACUAGGUUGUCACUUGUGCAGCCUCUCCUGUUUCAGAUUUUAUUGAGAAAUAGAGCUGAGUGUUCUAAUAGUCUUUUUAUAUGCUUUUUCUUACCCUGAGACCAUCUUUUGAGGGGUGGGAAAGGCAUACAAUAAAUUAUUAUCAGCACCUUGCUUCAAAUGUCCUAAUGACCAUUCCUAGCAGCUUCAUAUAGAUAUUAAACAACAUUGGUGAUAGUAUAACACCCUGUGUCAUGGGACCAAAAACCAGUUCCCUAGUCUUACUUUCUGGACUCGGUCCUGUAGGUAAAAUUGCAACCCGCCGUAAGCUAUUUAGGAGGAUAGCAUGGUUAAUGGUAGCAAAGGAAGGACUUAUUCCUCUUGUCCCAUUCUCAGUAAAAGUGAUUUAUCAGGGCACCCAAGGCAGAUUUGGUCACAUGGCCAGGCCUAAACCCAGAUUGGAAUCAGUAGAUAAACAGCAUCCAUAAAUGCUUACUGGCACCUCCCUACCCCCCAAUGUUAAAAGUGUGGCACUUACUGUAUCAACUUCAUGGUGAAUUCUGGCACAGGGUUGAUUUCUUUAGGAGUGGGUGUUGUUUCUUUCAAGUCAGGGAUCACCUCCUCACACUAUGAAGUGUUAACCGUGCCCUCAGUCCAGCCAGUCACACCCUUCUGCUAGAAUUAAUAAGCCAAGAAGGAGCCAUGGUUGGGCACAGAGCAGCAGGUGCCUUGUCAACAUCACCAGGCUGCAUAAAUCGAAAGUAAUCCCACAACAUAUGACAAUCUGCGGUAGUGAUACCACAAAUAUAAAUUAGUGAUGUCAUUUGUUUGAUGGAGUUGUGAUUUUUGUUUAUUAAAGCAUUUGGGCCUGUUACUAAAUUAUAUGGGUUUGUACAAAAAGCACCCAAAUAAAUGAGCAGCAGAUCUCGAAAGUAAGAAUUCCCAUUCCUGUUCCAUGAAGUAUUUUACAGGAGAAGCUGGUUGGAAAAGAUUUAUAGGUCUUAGUCAAAAAUCAUUUGCAGCAGCUCUUGCUGUCUGUUCCUGUUUUCGUAUUGCAACUAAGCAAAUAGCUUUAGUAUCCUGUUUGUCGUAUUUGGGAAUGUAGCAAGUGAUUUAAAGAGCAGAGUGAAAAACAGUUGGAAAUUUUUUGAGAUUUGUUUUAUAUUACAUUGUAUCUUAAUACUUUUCCUGUUAUAUAUGUCUAUAAACUCAUUAUAGGACAGCAGCUUUUAAAUUUUGGAGGCAGUUUUAGUAUGUGUCUCUACUUGCGAAAUAAUACUGAUAAUUUUUAUUUAUUUAUUCCCUGCCCAUCUGGCUGGGUUACUCCAGCCAUUCUGGGCAGCUUCCAACACAUAUAAAAACACAAAGAACAUCAAAUAUUAAUAGUAACAAUCUGAUAUAAUGUAAAAAAGUCACAACAUAUCAAAUAAAGGAAUAUUCAAUAAUCCAUUAGAAUCUAAUAGUAAGCAGUUGUUUACCAUAAAUAAAUUGGGCAUGUGGCUUUUUUUAUGCCUCUGACAACAGAGGAAUUACCGUAUUUUUCGCUCUAUAAGACGCACGAGACCACAAGACGCACCUAGUUUUUGGAGGAGGAAAACAAGAAAAAAAAUAUUCUGAAUCUCAGAAGCCGGAACAACAAGAGGAAUCAUCCGCUGCGCAGUGAAAGCAGCGAUCCCUCUUGCUGUUCUGGCUUCUGGGAUAGCUGUGCAGCCUGCAUUCGCUCCAUAAGACGCACACACAUUUCCCUUUACUUUUUAGGAGGAAAAAAAUGAGUCUUAUAGAGCAAAAAAUACGGUAGACCGCCAAGACCACAUAACACCGGUCCUGAAAGACCUACAUUGGGUUCCAGUACUUUUCCGAGCACAUUUCAAAGUGUUGGUGCUGACCUUUAAAGCCCUAAACGGCCUUAGCCCAGUAUACCUGAGGAGCGUCUCCACCCCCAUCAUUCACUGAGGUCCAGCUCCAAGGGCUUUCUGGUGGUUCCCUCACUGCGAGAAGCGAAGUUCCAGGGAACCAGGCAGAGGGCCUUCUCGGUAGUGGCGCCCGCCCUAUGGAAUGCCCUCUCAUCAGAUGUCAAGGAAAUAAACAACUAUCAGACUUUUAGAAGACAUCUGAAGGCAGCCCUGUUUAGGGAAGUUUUUAAUGUUUGAUGAUUUAUUGUAUUUUUUAUAUUUUGUUGGAAGCCGCCCAGAGUGGCUGGGGAAACCCAGCCAGAUGGGUGGGGUUUUAUUUAUUUAUUUAUUUAUUUAUUUAUUUGAGUGUACUUCUAUAAAGGAAACAUAACUUUGCAACAUUCUGACUUCAACAGCACAUGCAUAGUUAUAUUUUAUGACUGUGUAUGUCCAUAACACUCAUUUUAUUUUGUUUCUUAUUUAUCUAUUUCCAGUAUUUUAUACUUAUCCUUUGUAGAAAAAUAUGCGUAGGUAGCCAAAAGGAUCUAGGUCAAUAAAUAUACAAAAAUAAUAAUUAAGUGCAGAACAGGAGUCAAAGACAACACCAGAAAGAUUUAACUUAAGGAAUUUGAAUUUAACUAAAAAGAGAAGGUAUGCUGAAGUUAAUCUUUUCUGCCUGACCUGCCAAAUAUUUAAAAACAUUUCUCUGUUAAGAACAUAUGGCUUCCUCCACCAACCCAUCACUGGAAAAUCAAUGAUACUGUCUAGCAAAGCAAUAGCGUUUCCUGAGAAUAGUGUAGGGAAGGUGGGCUUGUGUUAUUUCUCUCCCUACGCCCCUCUCUUAUUCUUGAUGUUGUAGGGAUGAAGAGUUAAAAGCUACAUCAUAGUUUAUUAAUAAGGUAGGGGUGUGAGCAGGGACUUAAAUAAGCUGCAGAUUUGUUUCAGAACCUUUUGCAACAUAAAUAUGUAUGGUGCUUGCAGGCAGGACAACAGCAUGAUGUAGUUUGAAUUCUGCUACUAAAUAAUGAAUAUGACUCUUAGUACUUAAAAACCUUGGAAAGUGUUACAUAAAUUCUAGUGCUGCUUUGCAAAUUUUGGAUGACAAUUUCAGAAUGAUUUUCACAGCCCUAAAAAUGAUAGAAAUGUGAUAAAAUGAAAUAGUAAAUAUCCAGAAAUGUGACACAGAUAGGGUGGUAUUCAGCUAGGUAUUAGUGAACUCAUUGAAAUUAAUGAGCAUGACUAAAUAUUAUUUUAGAACCUGAUUCUUCCCCUGUAAAAUCAUGCUCAAUUGUCAUUUUUAAAUCUUCUGAUCAAGAAGCUAACCAAUCACUAUGUCAAAGAGCACAUUUACUUUCAAAAUUCACCCUUAAAAUCAUUCUAGUUUGAAGUCUAGGAAAAAAAUGAUCUGAAAAAUAUAUCUAGGCUCUUACAAAGCUCUGUUUUCUGUUGCAGCUACUAGUAUGUGUUUUUGAACUUGUUUUUCAGGAACUCUCUAAAAAAAGAAAGAAUUUUUUUUACUAGUAGAUAGUGCUCCACAUCUGGGGUGAAAUGUUAGUUAUCAGACUGUUAUUUUUCUCCCCUUCCCCCUUGUUAUCUUCUAGUCAUUUCCAGAUUUUUUAAAAAAACUGUUUUUCAAAGUGAAAUGUAUUGGUGUUCCAACCCCCUUGCCUAUGACUAUUUUGUUCAUUCUCACAGCAAAGUUGAACAUAUUAUGGGUUUGAAGAUUAUUAAACAAUUCAUAGUUUCUUGAACUCUCUUCUAAGGUUUAUCUAUAACUUGUACUAUUGCUGAACCACAAUACAGUAGUGUAGUUCUUAUUUUACGACAUAGUUGGGAAGAGACCAUAGUUCAGUACCUGAGCGCAUUAUUUCACACAAAAGGUUCCCAGUUCAAUCCCUGGCACCACCUGUUAAGCGGGUCAGGUAGCAGAUGAGAAAGACAUCUGCCUGAGACUCUGGAGCUGCCAAUCAAAGUAGACAGAACUGGACUAUGUGGACAAAUAGUCCAACCUGGAAUAAGGCAGUUUUUAUUAUCUUAGAUGUUGCAUAAUUAUUUCUUCUGCAAGAAUAUAGUUCUGCAAUCCACAGAAACAGGGACAAGCCUUAAUUAGUUUAAAGUGAGGUAAGGAAGCUGGACCAAGAAGCAAAUAUUGCUAAAGCAAUAUUUUAAGGAAUAGGGACCAUAGAGGUACUGUAUUCUAAUAAUGAAACACGGUUAUCAUAUUUAGUUGUAAAUCUAUUUUUAUGCUGUUGCAGAUGUACUCUGAAGCUUUUCUCAUUUGUUCUUCUAAAAAAUGGGAGGUUAGGAACUGGAUGACCAAAAAAUAAAUAAAACAACACACUUAUUGAGGGGGUGGGAACCAGCAUGACUUGGUCUCAGAGCUAAGCAUGUGCUGAUAUAAUGCUUGUCAACAAAGGUACCAUAGUCCCAGCCACUAAAUCAGUAAUCAAGGCAGGCAGGAACUGGAUUGUACAUUGUGGAUGUUAAUUCAAUUUUUCCUCAUUGACAGCUAUGCUGAAAUAAGAUUAGAAGAUACACUCUCAGGGUAAAGCCCCAUCUAGAGUUCACAUAUUUUCUUUCUGAAAACUGUGGCACAUUUUUCAGAGUGUGGAACUGAAGAGACUCAGAUGUGUUGAUACACAUUGGAUUUGCCAGGCUUUAUAUAACUCAAAGAGCUGCAGUGGUCUAUUCUUUGCUGUGUUAGAACAAGUAUAGCUGAAUUUUGGUUACAUGUGUUUUCUGCUGCAGUCCCAUUCCUGCCUGUAUUUCAGUGCUCUAUGUGCUUAGCUGCUCUGCUAAAGAAGAACUUAGGAAAUGUGGCACAUAACCUUAGCAAGGGGGGAUCAAUCCAGAAACAGUCAAUCACAGGCCAAAGUCCUAGAUGAGGAAUUUGUCCAAACAGGCAAGACUAAUAUUUGGCCCACCCCAAAAUUCAGGUUUUAUCUGGAAGCACUUACACCCAGGCCAUCUCUAGAAUAACAAAGGGACUGGCAGGGAUAGGAUAAAGCUCUUUCCCCACUCUGAACCAUUAAAUAGCUGACUGUAACAAUAACAUCAGCACUACGCAGUCCAGAAGACUCGUAGUCCAACUCCUAAUUUAUUUUGACAGUGGGUUUUCAUAGUAAUGUUGAAGUGAUGAAUUUCAGCUUCCAUAAUUUGCAGAUAAACUAACAUGGGCAUAAUGUAUAUCAUUGCUGUAGGCUAUAUUUUAAAGUAGCAUCUUCCUGAAGUUCCCCGAUGUGAGUUGGUUCACUUCAGAGCCGCUGAAGAAGGGAAAAGCCAAAACAUUUUGCUAUAAGAAAGUAAUCUCUUUUUUAUAAUCUCUUUUGUAAUAAAUAUACUGUAUUGUUUCAGUAAUUAACUCAAUCCUUCCUGGAUUCAUAGCAGACAUUUGCAUUACUGUUUGAUGCUUGAAAAAUUCUCUCCUAUAAACUUUUACAAUUGAGCAUUACAUCAAUUGACUGACCACUUGUGUUUUUUUCUGAAGACUGUGGUACAUUUUAUUUUGUAGUUUCAGUAUAAUGGUAUUGUGGAAUAAUAUUCCCUUAUAUUUUGAUUUGCCUUUCUUCCAGAAAAUGGAAUAAUCAAGUCAGAUAAAGUAUUUGAAGUAAUGCUUGCAACAGACCGCUGCCAUUAUGCAAAAUGCAACCCAUAUAUGGAUUCUCCUCAAUCAAUAGGUAUGAAAAUUAUGUAUUCAAAGUCUUUAACGAUGACUAAAAGCUUUAUUUUCCUAAGGCCUUGUUGUGUUGAACCAAAGAUGAACUGUUCCAGAAGUGUUGCAAAUGCCAUCUCGGUAGUCAAGAUAACUCCCCAAUUAAUUGGCUGCUGUUGUAGCAAUGAUUUGCUCUUGGAAACUGUUUCUUUGUCAUUAUAAUACAUCAGAAAUGAUAUAUCUAAGUCUUCAUUUGUUGGCUAGCAAAGGUGCUGAUGUUGAACAUUUUGAUAAGUGAGCUGUUUUGUUACUCAUAUCAUUCUUUAAAUGUUUUAUAGGAUUUCAAGCAACAAUCAGUGCUCCACACAUGGUAAGCGUUAUAUUUAUAUACUGUCAGCCUGCCUCCUUUAACAACUAAACUUUCAUUUUCCUCUGUCUACCCUGAUGACACACCCCAGUGUAGUACAUGGCAGGGGGAACCCUAAUGCUUAUCCCCCACACCCUUUUUAAGUUACAGGUAGGUAGCCGUGUUGGUCUGCCAUAGAUACACUGAAACUGAAACAGUUUCAGUGUAUCUGAAGAAGUGUGCAUGCACAUGAAAGCUCAUACUAAUGACAAACGUAGUUGGCCUCUAAGGUGGUACUGGAAGGAUUUUUUUUUAUUUUGUUUCGACCCUUUUUAAGGAUACUGUUAGUUGUUUGAGAAGGUAGGUUUUUUUCUCUCCCUCAUGUUUUUCUUUGUGGGUGAGGUUGGCUUCCAACUGUGAUACCCGUUAACAUUCCAUAUCAUAGUUGCUGUCAAUAGUAGACUUGAUUGAUAGAUUCACAGUCUGCCUGGCACAAGUUUCUUUUGAAUGCUUUUCUGUCUUUCUGUGUCUAGGCUCAUUCUGUAAGCUCAAUAGAUUUUAUUAGGGUUUAUAGAGAAAAAUACAAAACUUAAUAGCAAAUAUUAAGCUCAUGGGUUCUUGUCAGAUAACCUUUGGGGGUCCUAAAAGCUAUUUUUCAUUUAGUAACGUAUUUCUGUGUAUCCUGGGCUUGAUCCUCUGAACUGUUAUUGUGUAAAUGGACAAUUCUGAAAUCAAAUUUGGGUAGCUAAAGGGUUUGGGGAUCUUUUUACAUUUACAAAUUGACAGUUGACAUACUUAUCUUUAUGUGGUUUGAAACUGCAGCUCUUAAAUUGUGAAAUUGUUUGAUAUCUAUAACAGCUUGAUUGAGUUCACUUACUGGAUUCUCUGUAGGGAAUUGCAUAGUUUGAAUUCUUUAUGAAAGAACAUAAAAUCAUAGCAUUGUACAUUGGGCGAAACCAAAAGUAAAAUACCAACAUCUUUUCCUUUUUUCCUUCGGUCAGCAUGCAUAUGCUCUAGAACUCCUAUAUGAACAAUUACAUGAAGGAGCCAAAGCCCUUGAUGUAGGAUCUGGAAGUGGAAUUCUUUCUGCAUGCUUUGCACGAAUGGUGAGAGGACAAUUCUUAACCACUUACGAUAAAUAUAUGACUCUUGUUAGGUUUCUGUGUGCAUUACAAAAUGCUUUAUUUUUUAUGUCUUUACAAGAGAAUUGCAAGGACUUGAUUCUGAUAUUAUUUUAUACUUUUAGAAGGAUAGGUCUUUUGGGGUAUCUUUACACCAAUACCUUACUGUUUCAAUAAAGUCCAGCUCAUAAAGAACAUGAAGCAAUACUAGCUCAAAUCAGCUCAUAUUUUUGUUUUUUGUAUUUAAUGCCACCUAAUAGUUGGAUUGAAUAUUUUGAAGAAAGAACAGCCUAUGAAGUAUGGAAGUACUCCAUUCUGGGGCAAGUUCCUGUGUAAUGCUUAGUAAUUAUAACCGGAAAAAGGAUGCUUUAAAACAGGGCUAGGGAUCCUCAGGGCUAAGGGAUCCCUCCAGACCUCUCUGUCUGGCUCUUGGGACUCUCCCCCAGUGAAGCCCAUCCUCAGACCUCACUGGCCCUGCUCUGCACCCUCCUUAAGUGCUUUUACCUUGCUGGAAUAUGCAUUGUGAAAAUGCCUCUUGUCUGCCUGGGUAGAAGAUGCAGAGAUGUGUAGAAGCAUUUGACUUGUAUGUGGCUGGAAUAAAGCUUACUGUACAAAUGUAAGAAUUGCAUCCAUUGCUCUGCUGACUUGUUGCCUCUGGCCCAUUGACCAUCAGCAUGCAGGUUCCCCAGAAGGUUGCUCAUGAGGCAUUCAUGCUGCAAAAUGUUUCACAUCCCCACUUCAAUACCUUCCUCAGUGAUUUUUCUUACUGAUCAUGUAAGAAAGCAAGCAGGGGUGUGCAGGAUUUUCUAUUUCUAUUUUCUUUUGCAGAGUGUGCGAUGUGUAUGACAUGCCAUUAAUAUAGAAGUAGACUCCAGACUCUGCAUUCUUCUUUUAACAUCAACUUGCAACAUGGAACACACUCUUAUUUUUUUAAAAAACCCACCAUAUUUCUUUCCCAUAAUCUUGUAAGAAAAUAAGAACUGCCAAGGUCCAUCUAGUUCAGUAUUCUUUUUCCAGCUAGUGGCUUCUUUCCAUCAUCUCAGUAUAUCUUAAGAAACCCUGAACUUUAAAAAAGUUGCCUUGUCACCUAUGUAAUCCUGCUUAGGUGAAUCAGCAGUCAAUACUAGUGCUGAACAGAUUAUAUUCUAUUACAUUUCAAAUGCCAAUAGAAUGUUAAGUUUAAAAAAAGUUCUGUACAUAACAAAAUAAGUUGCUAUUCAUGUAUUUCAUAGUAAAACUGCUAACAUGCAGCACUGGUUUGAGGCCUUAAAAUAUUCAUAUCUUCUUGGAAUGUUAAUUACAAUAUAUUAAUAUGAAAAAAAAUAUUGGGAAAUGACUUCGUAAGUAUGGACCAUGAGAAACUCUAAAGUAUUUAUGGCAAUAACUUUAUUAGAAGAAACUUGCAUGCCAAACAUUCUAAGGCAAAAUGGAUGUGGUGAAACUGGGGGAAGAGAAACAGAUAGACAGAUAAUAGGAAAAACCCGUAUUAGGUUUUAUCCUUCAUCUCCUGUAGCCUUUGCUUAUAACCUCAAUUGAAAGUAAAAGUAAGAAACUGAAUACAUACAUAGUACAUUCCAUACCAAAAUAAACUUGUUUUGUUUCAGGUUGGUCCCAAAGGACAAGUUGUAGGAAUUGAUCAUAUCAAAGAGUUGGUAGAUGACUCAAUAAAUAAUGUUAAAAAGGACGAUCCCCUAUUGUUAUCUUCAGGAAGAGUGAAACUGAUUGGUAAGUACUGGAGUAUAUUAACAGUAAAAAAUAGGUAUAGGAAUAUGCUUGUUCAAUGCAGGGUCUUACUCUUCGUAGUAGGUUUUCUAUGAAAUAUAAACAACUAGAGUAGUUAGGUUUACUAUCCAACUUAUAUAAUUUUAUUUAAUUAUUAUGUUUACUUUUUGAUGGGGUUUUUUAAACAAAAACCUUCCAAGCCCACUAAUAACUUCAUUUUCAGUUACAUGUGCUUAGGUCUGUAAUCUUUUGCAAGCUACUGUGCUUAGUGACCAGGUCAUGGGAUCCGAUCUAAGAAGUUUAGUGUUGGCACAGGGAGUCAUAGCCUUUCAAACUGGGUUUCAUUUGUGGGUCCACUCUGUAAAAGUGUUUCCUCUUUAUGGCACUGCAGUUGCACAAGAGCAGAAAUCACUAGGAGCCCUUUCCAAUCCUCAUAUACAGCUGCCUUUUGUUGUGUCCACAUCUGGCUGCAUUUAGUGAACUACUGCUGUUUGGUACUAAUUCCCUGGAACCCAGGUCGUUCAUUCCCAGUAGAAAUUUCAGUUGGGAAUCUGAUUAAAAUUUAGGAGGCUAAUUAUGGCUAUUUUUAAUUUCAACAUUUUUUUGCUGGUUCCACAUAAACUCAUAAACUUAGUUAAGAUUUCAUCUAUGAGUUCAGUGUCUUGAAUAAGCUGAGGACAAUAUGAAGUCAGCUGUUCCUCAUCCUUGUAUAUAUCUUUUCCCCCCUUGUAGUGGGAGAUGGAAGGUUGGGAUAUUCUGAAGAAGCUCCAUAUGAUGCUAUUCAUGUAGGAGCUGCUGCACCAGUUGUUCCCCAAGCAGUAAGUGAUUUAUGCAUAUAUAUGGUACAUAUUGUUUGCUAUGAUUUAUCUUUAUUAAUUGAAAUGAUUAAUUGGAUGCUUAUACCUGCUUUAAAUGAUGGGCUUUUUAAUUAGAUUUCAUUAAAUGAAACACAUUCCAACAGUGGAAUUUGAUUUGGUAUACUAAUAGGUGAUGUUGAUGUUUUUUGGAAUUGGGAGUGCUGGUGGUUUGGAAAUGAAAAGCUUUGCACAGUGCAGGCCCAAAUCCCUUUUAAUUUUGUCAAGGCAAAUAAAGACUGGGGCAUUCCAAACUAUCCCCUCUCCUUUUACCUGUUUCCAGAACUUAGCUUCCAGCAAUUUUUCAGGGGGAAGGGCUAGAACUGUGGGCUGUGUCUCAGACCAUUAGGCCUAAAAGCUCUUACCAUCAAGGAGUAUAAUACAGUAUUCUUUGUUAUUUUACAUUGUACAAGGUAGGGAUCUUAGAGUUGUAUCCAACUAAGUAAUUAAGACUCAAGAGCAGGCCCAUUGAAAAUAAUGGACCUAAAUUAGUAAUUUCCAUUAAUUUCAAUGGGUCUGCUUUGAGUAUAACUAACACUGCUUAGGAGUACACUUGCUGUGAAUAAUUAACUUUUUUUUAAAUUUAUAGCUUAUAGAUCAGUUAAAGCCUGGUGGAAGGUUAAUAUUACCUGUUGGACCCGCUGGAGGAAACCAGAUGCUGGAACAGUACGAUAAGCUAGAAGAUGGCAGUGUCAAAAUGAAGCCUCUGAUGGGAGUGAUAUAUGUGCCUUUAACAGAUAAGGAGAAGCAGUGGUCCAGGUGGAAGUGAUUUUCUGUUCAACUUUCUUCUUCCACACACUUACACAUACAAGGUGAAAGGGUCUUGAAUCUUGAUUCUUAAGACAUAGCUUGCCAAGGCUGCUUUUGCUCCCUGCUUUCUGCUUGACUGUACCACCAAAAGCAACCUCUUGCAUUGUUACAUCACCACAUACAAGUUUUUGUGUGUCUCAUUAAAUGCUGGGGAAAAUACCAUUGCAUCGAUUGCGUUUAUUUCAUUUUUCAUUGUAACUUGUGUCUUCUUGAGGUUCUCUAGUAUAAGCUAAAAAUAUUACCUACAUUUUGAGACUAAAGUAUUCCCAAAAUACAAAGUUCUUAUUGCUGUCUUGGGUUAGAUUUUGAUAAGUAUGCAUUAUAUGCAAGGUGCAAUAGAUCAGACUGUGUUUCACACUGCAAGUGUCUGCCUGACUUCUAUAAAGGAAAGGGAUUUCCCAGUUUUCAAAAGUUAAACAUUGCUCAGAAACCUUUAGAGCAAGCAAUCUAAUUACGGAUAUUUUUACAUGUUAGUUGUUUAGCUUUAAGACAAGUUCACUAUAGUUUAUCAAAAGCAACCCAAGCCAAAUACUUUACAUUUGCUAUUUUAAAAGAAGAUGGUAUUGGAUGUGUGAUAAUGUUUGUCAUAUUUUCUUCAAGCUGACAAACUGUUCAUUUUCAACAAGCUACCAGGUCUCAGAGAUUUUUAACUCUGGGAGCUGUCAGGGUUUGUGGAUAGCUUUGUAGUUUAGGGCACACAUAACAGAGUAGUCAGUGCUAAAAGGGUGCCUAUCAUUAGCAUGCAUAUGAAUAAGCCAGCAGUCCUUCACUGCUGGCUAGAUAGAAAUGCUUGUGAACUGUCUUCGUUGAUGAGACAAACACAUGCCUGAUUAGCUCUCCAAAUCUAUAAAGUUUUACUUUGACAUUUAAUAAAAAUGUCGCAUUUCUAGACACUUUACAGCUGUAGAAAUGUCUGUGCAAAAAUAAACUAAUUAAUUUUGCUUUUCUGCCUUCAAUGGAAGGCCCACUGUUUUGUGAGAACAGUAUUGAGCUACUGCGUAGCAUACCGAUAACUUCAUGAAUGAAUUGCUGCUGACCAAAAGCUGCUACAGAAAGCUUGUUUCAUAUUCAGAGACCUAGAUUCUGCUGAGCAAAUUAAUAUUUGCUAUUUGUUUAAAUUCUGUAUUAAUAUUUUAUUGAUGGAUAGCCUUUGCUUCCGAAGUAGAUUUAGUACAGCCUUAUAACUUAUUACUGCUACUAAAAAAACUGAGCCUAUGACAAGCAACAGUUACCUCUAGGUUAGUGUGCAAUUUCCCAUUUUCACCAAAAUAGUGUUUGGGUUUUUUUUCUGAUAAUGGAGAGAUAGCUCUACACAGCUAGUAUAGGCUGUGUAUAGCCCUCUUAGCCUCAAAAAACUGCUGGCAACAGAUGCAUGGUAUUCACAUUCUCCCACUCAGUGAAGGUUGCAUAUUUGGUUAUGUCCUUGUAACGUCCUGGGUAGAAGCAGAAACCUUCACCCCUGCAGUUGCUGUUUGGAAGGCAGAUAGGUAUAUUUUCUGUUUUUAUGUAAUAGAUAGAUUAAGGAGAUAUGGUGUAGUGUGUCAUAAAAUAGGAAGGUCGUCUUUUCAUUAAAAUCUCCAUUAAAGCUAAACACUUUUGAGCUUAGCUAUUAGUCUAUCCAUUAUUUGAAAACUGACUGAAGUGCCUCAAACAGAACCUCCAUUUGGAAAUUGGUUAUAAAUAUUGACAGAUCUGAAUGAAGCCUACUGAAGAUCAUGAAGGUGUUGCAACAGUCAUUAAUACAGAUAUUGCUUAAAGAAUUUAGAAACAUCAGAGCAACUGGAAGAAGAUUCAGUUUACAAAAAUGUCAGCUAGCACUCCCGACAUACAAGCUAACAGCUAGUGCAGUGAAGAAAAUGCAGAGUGAGUAAGCUGGUCAGUAGGUUUUAUGCUUACAUUUCAAUUAAUCUCCAGUAUCUCCCUACCUGUAGGGAUCAAGCCAUGUGUCUAGUUAUUUGCACAUUGGACACUUCGUUGUGAGAGAAGCUGGUUUGGGGCCAGUUCACAUAACGGCUUUCUUUUCCCAAGCCUUACUUUUUACAGCACUCCGUUGUGGUGAUAGAUAUGGCUGUCAUCACAAGGUGAUUGCAUAAAUCAGUCUAUUUAAAUACUGCUCAUCAAAGUAAUUGUAUUUCAGAAUGAGCUCACAAACUAAAAUGUACAUCCGUUUAUUUGAAUGUAUGUAAAAUUCUAAAAGGUUUCAAUUUGAACCACCACAAAUAUAAUCAUGAGGAAAUCAUAUCAGGGUUGUGCUUCUGCUGCAAAAGUUCUUAAGCCACAAAAAUGCAAGUCUCCAGAAGACCAUGACCACAAGACACAAUUCCACCUCAGAUGUCCUUGCUGCUGCUCCUUUGCUCUGCUUUACACCCCAAAUCAUUGCAUGGCUUUUUCUUGCAUUAUAUUUCCCCCCACAACCAGUGACUGCACCAGAAAAAAUGGGGGCACAGAAGGGGCUGAGCAUAUUGUGGGCGAGUUGUUUUCUGAAAUUAACAUAACAGAAUAUGCUAAUGACAGCAAGGGGGGAGGCAUGUGGAGGUGGGUCAAGCUCCUUGUUUGGGGGGGGGCACUCCAAAGAGUUGCAGUAGCAGUAGUAUGAAGUCGUGUAUAUGGUUUCUGACAUUUAUGUACGCUUUUACUUUGCCUGUUAGAAAGAUACUUGAAUACUGUAUUUGUAUAAUCACUAUUGAUAUAGAAGAAGCUACCCACAUCUAUUCCACUCUGAAUCUUUGUCCUUGGCUUCAGGUCUUUCAGUGGUAUAGGUACUAUUUAGUCCUGGAUCAGUUAAAAUCAGUUGAGAAAGAUGUUCUGAAAAACAAGCAGUAUUUUAUAAUUUGUAUUGCUCUGUGAUUGGCUACUGCUUUGGUCCAUGCCUCAUCCUUAUAACAGUGGAAUCAAAGGCUCUGUUCUUUCUGGUUUGUGGAUAGGGAACUAUAGCUGAAGCAAAGUAACUAGUUCAAACCCCCUCGGCAAGUCCAUGACUUGAACUGAACUCCUCAGAUUUAAGUCUACCAUAUUGCGGGCCAACUAGACUUCAAGUGCAGAUGCAGACCCUGUUUCCUUUUCAAAAAAACAAAUUAGCAUUAAGAGGCAAUGAAAAGCAGCAGGAGUAGUUGAAGAGUUUAAGCCUUUCCUUGCUUGCUGUUUCUCAGCCACAUAUAUCCUCCUGCCACUCUCCACAAGGAUCUCACAAACUCAAUGCCCUGUUUGCCCCAGGGUGGUCUGCAUUCCUCUGGACAGAACAGGGUCUCCCUGUUCACUGGAUGGGGAGCCUGUUAUCAACACUGUGAAGUCUAAUUUUGAACUUAGGUUUCACAUUUUGCAGCCUUUGGUGCAGGUUCCAAGAAUAACUGGACUAUAAUGGCAAAUGAAUCUACAGUAUAUGGUUUACAGAGAGCUAAGGCAUUCUCUUCUUCAGUAAAAAGGUAGACUUGUGAUUUUACAGCUAAUGGUAUUUUAAAUGACAUUGACGGAAGCAUAGGAGGUAUUUUUGCUUUGAUUUAUGUGCACUACUAGUUUGAUGUUCUUGACCCUUCUUUUGGCUUAAGUACCUUAACAGGUUUAUGCAAUUUUGCUGCAGUAUCUGAGAACGAGUUUAAUUUUGAGGAGUUAAACUUGUAAUUUUUGUCCUCUUUUUGCAGGGAUGAAAUGUAAAAGCUACGUCAUCUGACCCAAACAUAGUGUUAACAGUGGACUGCUCAUCUCCAAUUCUUAAAAGCUUUUCAAAACCAACAGCAUUGCAGCUUGUUUUGGACUUUGUUACACUGUUAUCAGCAUGGAAAAGUGUGGUGUUUUUUAUUUUGUAGAAGUUAAUGCAAGUUUGAUAAUGAACUGAUGGAAAGUUUAAAUUUGGGCAAAUGUUUCUUUUCAACAUGCCCUUAUUUUCACCUGUUUAAAGAAGUGAAAUAUGUCUGCAGAAAGCCAGACAGACCUGCAAUUUGUUAUCUUCUUUAUUUUGGAUUGGGAAACGUUCUGAACACUUCUUUCAGCUCCAGUGUUCGUCCAUCAAACCGCUUAUCUGCACUUUCUGACACUACAUGCACACUAUAUGGUUCCUGUGUUCAGCUGUCUUCUAGAUGCUACUAAAAUGAGAUGAAGUUCUUCAAAGCUUUCAGCGUGGUGUCAUAGACUAGCAUGUAGUAUAUACAAUCAGCUGCUUUCUUCCCUUUAAAAAUCAGAUAUCGUGUAUAUAAACUUCAAGACAUCAGAAGUGACAGCUCUUGUUGAAUACACUGCUGUUCAAGAUGGACAUAACUGACAUAGUUUUCUCCCUUUUACUUGUAGAAUAACUUAGAGGUUUAUAGUAGAGUAUUGUUUGCAAAUUUGAUGUACCUGAAUUUAAAACUGUAUAACAAAUACUGUGUAAGCUAUGUCCUAAUCAUUGAACAGUUUAUGCAAUGCUGCUUUGCCAAAUAAAAUUCAAAACAAAAAGGGUUUGCAAGUGCUAUUUUUAAUGGGAAAGUGUCUGGGUAGUUGACCCAUUUGCUAAACAUUAGAAAAGACUUUUACCAACAGCUAAUUUUCAGAAGUGUGAAAGUUCUCGUGUGAUCCUUAUGUUGUUUUUGAAACACAUGUUCACUUUCUCCUGUUGUACCUGCAAGGAGACGCUUGCUUUUUUAAAAAAAGCAACACGCCUUGAGUGCUUAUUGUAACAGAAGGGUGUGGUUUUGUGUGCAGCUGUUGCUACCUAUCAGUUAGUGUACAUAAUCCCUGAUGUUUCAAAGAUAGGGCAUAAAUCUGCACAGAAUUUGCAUAUGAUUUGUGUCACGUGCAAAUUUGUGUCCUUUUUGUAGGUGGAGUGCUCAAAAAAUAAAUAGGUGUCCAUAAAAAUAAUAAAAGGCACACAGAAUGUGACUAGGUAAAGCUUUUCCCUUCAUAUUAUUUCCAUACUAGAAAAUAUUUAACCUGUUGAACUCUUCUGCCUGCCACGCAGCUAUUAAAGACACAAUAACCAUGCUUUCCCCCUAUGCCAACCCUAAACCAAAGCCUAGGUGGCAAUCCUAUAUUCACUUAACCGCAGAAUAAGCUCCAUUAAACCCAAAGACAUGUAAUCUAUAAAUUUCAAUGAAAGCAGCAAUGUGUAGUAAUUGUUUUACUGUUUUAACUGCUUUAUUCUAAUUGUGAUAAAUCAUCAGUAUCAAGACCAGGGCUUUUUUUCAGCUGGAACUCACUGGAACUCAGUUCUGGCACCCGUCAGGUGGGCACCAUUGCCAUUCUAAGGGAACAAGGGAGGUGUUCAUGGUGAGUUCCAGCGCCUCUUUUUCUAGAAAAAUAGCACUGAUCAAUAUGACCUUUUGAAAAGCAUAGCUAAUACAGGAACAGGAUGAGAGAAGAGAUCCCAAAGAUUUGAGCAUUACAGAAGCACAUUGUGAGGAUCAAUAUAUUUGCUGUUGCUUGUCAGAUACUUUUAAAGGCAAAUAGAGAGUUAGCUUAUUUUCCAGACAAUACAAAUCAUUAUGCAAACAGAGGUUUAGGGGAAUGGAGAACACUGGCAUGAUUGUCUUUGCAGGCAUUGUUGUUACGUGGUGAUGAAUAAAUCACCAGUUCCAGUAGCCCUGUUGAACAUCUUUUAGUUGUUCAAGCACGUUUACAAAUGCUGCAAAGGGCCUCAUUUAUUUUUCUUCAUAAAAUGCAUGCAAUAUGUAAUGGCUCCAUUGUUUUUAGAAUGUUUGCAAAAAUGAUUAUGCUACAGCUUGCCUAGCAAAAGGCUGGUAGGCCUGACAGGAGCAAACAGAACUUGAGAAGCACUGAAACAAUGAGAAAUGUUUUAAGAAAGAAAAAUUAAGGUGAGUAUUUAAACCAUAAAGUGCUCUUUUGCGCUGCCUCUUAGUUUGGAGAAAUAAGUUCACAGCAGUAGAAAAGGACUGCCUUGUACAAUGCUAGCUAGUCCGUCCUAGGUUUUAUGUCUUCAGUUAAGUAAAUGAGAAUGAGGCUAUGGGCAUGGCAGGGUAGAUUUAACUCAUCUCUCCCCCAACCCCAAUGAUCCCCAGCUAUAUUUUUACUCAUUUAUUUAGAUUUAGCCUAACAGUUUGGGCCAGGCAAUAAGGUUAAUCAUUACCUCAGUUAAAUUAUUAAACUUUCAUCGUGCUGCAUUCCUGGCCAGCAAAAGCCAGCUUGAAUACAAAUGUCCUACCUUGCUUCCAAAAGAUAUGUGAAGUGACUCAAAAUACAGCCAUGGGUCACAUCCUAAAGCAGGAAAGAGGAAACAUGGGUGAUAUCCAGUUAAGCAGUUCCGUAAAUGCAAGAAGUUGAAGGACUUCCUUCCCCACUGCUUGUGCCCCUCUUCCCAAAUCUGCUCUGGAGGUUUCGGGUGGGGGAAACCUCAGAACAGGUACACUGGGAGGAGAAGAGAAUAAGUUCCACUGUAAUCAGAAGUCUUUGCAUUGAUGAAAGCACUGGCUGGUUGAGGCUGAUGGGAGCUGGAGUCCCAAUGGAAUCAAGAGGGCCCCAUAUUCUCUGUACCUGCCCUUAAAGGAUUCUGUGGAUUGUGGCCUUUAGCUUUGUAGAUAAUUGUAAGAUUAAGAAGGGACAGAAUUGGUAGCUUCAUAGAGCAGGAGUUUCUUGUUAAAAUGGAUCUGCAGUGAAAAUAAUGCAAAGAAGGGGAAAACACAUUCGUAAUAGCACUGCCAAUACUAAGUCCACUAGUUACAGCCCUGCCACUGUGAAAAAUUAUAACAAUUAUUUGUAAAGCUUAGCAUUUGGACAAAAAAAUGAGGUUGUAACUCCAAACUGAUAAGCAAGGAAAGGCAAUCAAAGAUGAUGGAGCAAAGCAGUGUGCAGCUACAUUAGCAUGUAGUGGGGCUUUUCCUUAACAGCAGCACUUCCACCCUGGGUCACAUGAUUUCUCAAAGUAGAAGGUUCACAACACAUUUGAGAAGCAGGUGCAAAAGUAUACAUUAACGCCACAUACCUGAAAGUACUGUCAAUUUACUGUUAAAAGUCACGUAACAUUCACCAUAAUUUUGUGACAAACAAGUAAUUUGUACAUGGGACUAUUGGUUAGAGAACUAACAGCAAAGCCUUAACACAAAUGUUUCUCUUUUUAAUCAGUUAAUAAUGCAAAGCAGCUGGUAACAGCAGCAGACCUGCUGCUUUCAAACUCCACAGAGGCCUGCUUCUUAGCAAAGUGGUAAUUGGCAAACUGGCUGUCAAGGAGAAGGUUUCUAGCCUCAGCUUCAUAUGCUAAUUUGCUAUGUGAAGAGAUCAUUUUGGGUGCAAGUGUCCUUUGAGAACCGCAUGUUCAGCAGUGAAGCCCAGCCCCAGGCAGUAGGUUUUAGAACCCAGCUAGGCAUGAUGAGGCCAUCUUUCGUGUGUCUGGCCAGUUUGCACAUAAAGCAGAAACUGGAUGAGGGGCUGAGCUAAUGAAAUGCAGGAGAUCAAUUAUAUGCUAAGAAUAAAAACAGCCCUGGCUACCUCUCUUCCCCUUAGUCGGUUUCUCCAGAACCUUUCUUCUGUUCUCAGCUCUGACACUGGCUCCUUUUAUUGUUUAAGACACAACUUCAUAUUAUAAUAGGGCAGAAAUGUAAAAGGAAUGCAUGUGCAGCUAUCACAGACUAGAUUACCUGUGUGGUCCCUUCCAACUCUGUAAUUCUAUGGUUCUAGAAUUGUUUCUAUGGUUCCACUGUUUUGCAACAACACAGAACCCUGCUAACAUAGAUUUUUGUUUACAUAGUUAUUGAAAGGAAAACAAGUAUUUUGCAAGGUAUUAAGAAUAAAAUAGGUUUAUUAUCUCUUACUUUACAUUAUCAGGUUGGGACAUUGGCAAUGUGGAGGUCUGGGGUAGGAUUCAAAGUUGUAAGUUCGUUAGAAUAAGAGAGACAUACAGAAUCAUUGCGUGCCUUUUCUGCAUUGAUUUGUACCUGGGUCCUCGGAUGGGAACUUCUUUGCACAGAUGGAUAAAGAGGAGGGUUCACACACAAAGGCUGAUAACACAGACUACAAACUUUACUGCAUAACGAACACUUCCGACAAUUCAGUCAUACAUUGAAGUCAUCAGACGACGGGAUGAGCUUUAAAAUUGAUGCAGCUACUGAAACUUUAACUUCGCUGUGAGGGUCCAAUUAGCAAGAAUCUUUCAAGCUCCAUGAAAGCAGGCAGCGUUGUAUCAAUAGCAGCAAUGGGAUGUGUUGCUAAACAUAAGGCCUAGUCCAUAUCUGUAGCACAAUGAGGUGGCAGAGUCCUGAGCUAUUAGCAUAGAGUGUACAACUUCAGACUGCUGAGGAUGCUAUUAUCUUUUUGAUCUUCAGUUUAAAGCAGGGGAUAAUGCUGCUCAUUGCCCAUGAUAAAGAGAUUGCUUGAAGGGUGGGAAUCCUCACUGUGUUUAGAAAUGUAUCAUAGCAGAGGGCAGUCUCCCCUACGGUCCUUCUGCUUGUGCUGCUAGGUUUGUUUUUGUGUAACGGAACACUAAAACAUCUCUCUUCCCUUUUCCACUGUCUGAAGUGAUACAAACCACUCAUACCACUUUAAGAUCCAAGUACUUCGUUUUGCUGCCUGUCUAGACCGAGCCUAAUGUUUCACCUUGGGAAACUCUGCACUUUAACAGGGUGGCUUGUAAAUAAUCCCAUGCCUGUGACAAGUGAGAAGCAACCCCAGGCAAUUAGAUGAGUAGAAAAAUAUGCUUCUAUUUGAACCAAUCUUGAAGUGAUAAUAGUGCCAUGUUAUUUAAAAAUAAAAUAAAAUACUGGUUUUAAAUUAGCAAAUAAAUAUCCUUUCUGUAAAAGGAAGCUAAAGAAAGAUCAUUUAUGUCAAAGGAAUCUAAUUUCUCACCUAAGGCCAGAUGCAGAGAGCCAACACAACAGGAAAUAGAUGUGUCUAGGAUCUUAUAUGACUGCUGUAUUUUUCCAUGCCCUGGCCUGUGCCAUCCCUUGGGACAUGGGAGUGGUGCAGCAAUGUGGAUCAUCAGCAAUGUGGAUCAUCAGCCAAUAUUCAAAGUGGUGCUGUAACACUGCCUGAUGCUUCUUUGCAAAAAAGAACUGAGUGAGUAUUAUGGAUUACAAGGAGAGGGCAGUUCCUGGAGAACAUGGCAUUUAAUCCAUCGCAGAGCUAACCUUAGUUAUGGCAGUAUUUUCAUGGGACUGAACCGAUACACAACCCAGUAAGAUGGAAUUUGCCUUAUUGGCAAGCACAAGAUAGUCCUAGAGCUCUGGCAGAGGGAAGCCGGUCUGUCUGCUGGUGCAGCUACAAACAUCUCUACCACUGAUAUUAGAAAGAAUCUUUUAGAAGGUGGCUGCUGCGUUUUUUCUUUAAACAUGAGUUUUUACUUUUUUUUUUAAAAAAGGAAAGUGUAAGAUGCAAGAGGCACACUUUUUUUGAGGAAAGCUCAAGGAAAGGGAAGUCACCUGAACCCUGCUUUAGAGAUACAUCCCAUUUAUGAGGUAAUCGGAUUCCUCAGACAUCAGCGGCCGAGCUUUCUUAAGUUUCUGUCUCACUAACCGAAGUCGGCAAGCUACCAUGAGCAGCAGCAUAGCUGUGAUGGCCAGCCCAAGAGCCAAAGGGAGGACAGCACCU